CAGUGCAUCGCCGAGCGACUGUCUGGGUUGGGCCCACCUGUAGGGAUGGCAUUGCAGAGCGCUGCAACAAGAGUGAGAAGGAUUGUGUCCGUCGCUGACAAGCCAGAGGCAAAGGCCGAGCUGGCAGCCGACCAGGUGGAGAUGGUGACCAGAUCGGAUAGCCAGUACUGCGUAAAGGUCCACCCCGUCCAGGUCCAUUUUUCUGGUGGGACGGGGUCCUGAUCUGUUGAGGAUACUUAGUUUUUGCUUAUUCUGUAUCCACAGGUCACCCCGCUUACCAGCAUUACUCCAGACGUGAUCGGGCGCGAUGCUGCUGGGCUGUUUGGGGAGCGCCCAAUUUCGACGACGCAGAAGCGACAUGAUGGUUCAAUGAGGGAUAACAAUCGAACCUGGCCGUCGGCAAUUUGGGUUGAUCUUAACUGGCGACAUUUGGCCGCCGCCCUUGCGUCGUCGUGUUCGAAGGGCCUAGACUGGAUAUCUCUCUAUCUCUGUGUCACCCUAUCUGACCAUCGGCAUGAAUGUGACUGGCUGUGCGCCGCCUCGGCCGAACUGAUAAGAAACCCGAUCCGAUUUAUAUACUGCCAGACCCUCACCCGAUCAGCUCGGCUUAGGAGUUAUUGGAACCCCCGCGUUGGGCCAAGAUGAGCGCUCCAGGCGUGCGGAGACGACUUGCCUGUGCCGAGUGUACGCGCAAGAAGAUCAAGUGCGAUAAGGUUGUUCCCUGCCGAAACUGCACGAGAAGAGGGAAGGCCUGUUAUCGCACUCCGCAGCAGAGUCGCCAUCUCUGUACCGCUCCGCGUCCAAGAACGCAGGAUCCAGGCGAGUCAACCGCAGAUACGCUCGAAAGCAAUCUCUCAACCUGCAUUGAAGAGCUCCAAGCGACACUGCAAGCAGUCAGGCAGGGGAAAUCAACCACUCCUAAUUUCAACGACAGGGCAUUCUCAGUACCUCCAUCGCCAGCCGAACAGAUCACGCAAACUGAACAGGGACCGAUCGCAGUAUCUCCACAAGGGGCGAUAGGUAAUAGAGAGACAACAGAGGUAGAGGACGCUGCGACGAUCCUCGAAUUUUUGGCCUGGGGACGGCGCAAGGUCCAGGGGUGCGGUGGCUUCAAUCCGAAUUCAGAUGGACCAGGACGGUCGCCUGGCGAUGUCGCUCUGGACGGGAGCUCGGAUGAGGAAGCUGCUCACUUGCGUCUGAGCGAUGACUCUUCGUCACUCACAGUUUUGCAGUUGCUCCUUCCCGAGCCGCGAUGCGUGCAGCGCAUCGUACAGUAUCACUGCGAUUCCCUCCUCUGGUAUCACGCCUCUUUCCAUACUGUGGUCUUUCAACAGGAGGUAACUCAGUUUCUGGAGCGACAUGGGUGUCGCAUCGACCAGCCGACCCUCGACCUACAAUGGGUCGCGCUUCUUUUUGCAGUUCUCGCGGGGAGUAUGACUUGUGCCCCUCCAGCGAUGGCACUGUCAUGGGGCUUUGGCGAACAGGAACGCUGUACGAUUGCGCGACGGUGGUUCAAGGCGGCUCUCGUUUGCUUAAAUCGAGCAGACUACACUUCCAAUCACUCUAUCUACGCCGUUGAGUGUAUCGCGACCAUGACGAGUAGCGCGCACAUGUUGGGCCACUCGAACAGUCACUCCGUCAUGCUGGCCACCGCCGUCAGGAUAGCUCAGAGUCUUGGCCUGCACCUUCUGGGCUCUGGGGGCGACGACACUCCUAAUACCGUGGUCCGAAAGGAGAUUGGUCGACGGGUCUGGACGGAGCUCUGCAUCCAAGAUUGGUUCUCGAUCCCCUUCUCAGAGAGCUAUUUCAUCCAUCUCCUCGACUUUAGUACAUCGGCGCCGAUGAACUGCAGAGACGAGGAAAUGACAGCUCUGUCAGAUGAUGAGCCAACGAGCAUGAGCUACCAUCGAAUCCUGUAUGGGGUCGCGCGAUUGAUGCCACGGUUGCAGGACGACCUGGCGCAAUCAAACACCCCGUACACAAAGUAUGAGCAUGUCCUGCGCUACGACACGCAGAUGCGGACGUUGGCCAAGCAGGUACCUCGAUGGCUGAAGAACACGCCGCUGCAUCCCUGUUGGCCUCGCCAUGUUCCUUGGGCCAGACAUUGCCUAUCGAUCAGCUCGGCGCACAAGAUCAUCAUGAUCCACCGCAAGUUCCUCUGGUCCAGCUUCACCAACCCGGCCUUUUCCUUUACGCGUAAAACAUGCAUCGCCGCAUCGAAAACGAUCAUUCGCGAGUGCAAGGUGGUUGCUGAGGAAGACGGGCCGAUUCUGUGGAUCUAUCAUGCCUUUGCGGUCGCAGCAAGCAUCAUCCUCUGUUUGGACAUGCUAUUCCGCUCACCGUCGGACGCAGAGCACCAUGGCCACCGGGGUCUCGUCCAGGAUACAAUCACCAUUCUGUCGCGCAGCGGGCCUAGCAUGAUCGCAAAACGCGGCGUCAAGAUACUGCGUCUUUUGGCUGAGGCCGAGCACAAUCGUAGUUCGUCCGAGGCCAUAAGCCGUGACCAGGCCUUGUCAAUGUCGCCAUACGGAGAGCGGUGCGCGAUCGAUAUCCGUAAGUUGGUCCAAGCCGUGUGCGAUCAGGAAUCGUCUAUAGCAGCACCGGUAGACGUAACACGUCCAGAGCCGUUGUCGCCUUUCACAUUCCAGGCGCGGAGCCAAAACACCGACGAGCUGUUUGGAAACGUUCUCGGGCCUCAGUCGCGGUUCGAGAUCCACGACUCGCUCGAAGACAUCCUCUUUCUGGCCCAAAACUGCGGACCGAGUUACUGAUGAGAGUGUAUAGCAGAGCGAUGACGGCGAGACAUUGACUUGGUUGAGUAAUAAUUGCUUUGAACGGUGUUCAUAUCUUGUUGUCUUUGCAGGGGGAGGAGCAGUUUGAAACUUGACGCGACCGACCGAAGGCGUAAAAUGUCGGCGAAGCAACGCCGGAUCAUAAUGCCGUAAAAUUGGCCAAGCCAGUUUCUGUGCCUGGCGUAGUCGAGUGGUAAAGCGCCUCGGCCGUUUCUGCCCUCUAGCGUUCGAACCCAAGAUACUUCCUUUUGUUGAAUCUCUUCCAGCAGACUCUAUAAAAGCCCUUAUGGCUUCAUAGUUAUUUCAAUCUGGAU